AUGGUGAUCAAAGAAGUAGCCAGCAAUGACAUCAUCCUUGAGAGUGUUUGCAAUCACUUCACAACUAUCUAUCACAAGCUCAAGCACUUUUGUCACAGUGGUCUUAGUAUUGGGUAUAAUCUCCAAAAAAGAACAGUUGUUCUGGCCAUCUGGGUCAAAAAUGUGGCAGAAGCACCCACAGAUCCUGUGGAAAUCAUUGUUGCCAUGGCUGUUGCAUCUAUGGUGGCUGUCACCUAUGAGAUCACAAGAAAACAUGACUGUCAAAAGACAUUCGCAGCUCUGCAGCAUGUCACUAGGACUUGUGACAAUUUAUGCCUGACGAAAGGUCAGGAUGGUGGGAAGUUGAGUGGCUCAAAUGUUUUGUACUUUUUUGAAAACACCUGUGGUGAAGUGGUUAUCAUGCUUGCCUUCCACUUUGAACACUAA